AGUAAAACUCCCUUUUCACUCUUCUCUUGAGAACAGAGCGAAGUUUGUUUUCAGUGCAAGUCAUGGAUGGACAAAAUUUCAACAGGAAUCUUUUUUUAUUUCUAUUUCUUUGUAAUGUAUACCUUUAUUGUACUACAACAGAAGUCUGCUCCAACAGCAUUCUCCCUGGAUCUAAAGGCGAUCCAGGUGAGGUGGGAACAGAAGGUGAAGAGGGAAGAAUGGGGAAAACCGGCCCACCUGGCCAGCGAGGCCUGACCGGCAGAUAUGGAGAAAAAGGAGAGAUUGGAAGAAUAGGAAAGAUGGGCCCUAAAGGAACGAGUGGUGACAAGGGACAAGAAGGAAUUAAUGGUCUCCCAGGAUUAAAAGGAAAACCUGGUACUACCUGUGACUGUGGGAGGUACAGAAACGUUGUCGGACAGAUGGACAUCAAUAUAAGCAAACUGAAAAAUGCUGUCAAGUUUCUUAAGAAUGUGGUUCUAGGUAUCAGGGAAACAGAGAAAAUGUUUUACCUGCUGGUGACAGAGGCACGGAGGUAUCAAGAGUCACUUCUAAACUGCAAGUUGCGUGGGGGGUCUCUUGCUAUGCCCAGAACCACAGAGACAAACACCUUGCUGGCCGACUAUAUCAGAGAAGCUGAUCUUACUCAUGUGUUCAUAGGGCUACAGGUAGGGGUGACAGAGGUGGGGUACAUGUAUGUUGAUGGUAACCCCUUCCUGAAUACCACAGUCUGGUCUAUGCAAAGCCCACGCAGUGGUAAAGGUGACUGUGUGCAGCUUGGUAGUACUGGAGCCUGGAGCCAGGCAGAUUGUGGAGCCACACAGUACUACAUAUGUGAGUUUGUCAAAAUCAAAAAUACUUCAGCAACUUAUUUUUAAUAGGCUAAGCUGAUGUAUGAGAAAAUGUAACUGUAUUUAGAAUUUUUGCAAAGAAAAGGUUUUAAAAGUUUUUAAUGUUUUUGAUUUUAUGAUUUUACCAUCAUUAUAUGAAUUAUCCACCCCUUUUUUAAAUCAUUUAAAGUAAAUAAAAGAUAACAAGGGUUCUGUGAAUGUUUAUUCUACAUGCUUUAAAUUUCACUGUAAUCCAUAAUUUUUAGAUAUUUUUUCUACCAAUACUACUACCAGAAAAAAAUAAAAUAAAAUAAUAAUCAGAUUACAAUAAGAUACUACAACUGCUGAAUUAUUUUUUGAUUGCAGAACAUAUCUGUAUAUGUAUAUAUAAGACUUCUUUUCCUAUUAGAUAACUUUUAGACUUACUUGUUUUAAACUUUUAGUGUACUUGCUUUCUGUUAAUCAAGGCUUUGUCACAUAUGAAGCUAAAGUACUUCUUAUAAGUAGUUCCUUUAAAUGGUACAACCUAAAAAAUAAAUAAAAAAAAUCUUCAUGUAAAUGGCAGUGUUCAGCAUAUCCCUCAGCAUUGUACAAGAAUUCACCAAAGCAGUGAUCUUUAAGGCCUGUGCACUUCAACUCCCAUUUAUAGAUGGUAAGUUGAUUUAAUUCAGUACCUAGUAUCAAAUCAAAUCAAACAAAUAGUUGUUUCUUCUUUUAAAUUUUAUUUAAUAUCAAUUUGGGGUGCAAAAUAAUGUUUACUUAGGUAUGUUGAACCUAAGAAUUUGUUAAUUAUUAACCAAAGUUGUGAACUGAUUUUUGUGCAUGGACAAACAGAAUAAAAUAAAAUAAAUUGUA